CCCGCAUCACCACUUCCUCCAUCAGUAGAACACGAUAUGGCCAAGGCAAGCUUGUGGGCAGUCCUUCUUUUGAUUAGCGCUUCCAAUCUGGCACAUGGCACGGAACAAGCGGUUGGAAACGUAUGUACUGAAGAGAAAUUGCAAACCGCUGGUGGAGAGAAACCGGUUGGCUGCGAACAUCAAUGCACAAAUCCCAACCUGGGUCAAUCUGGCAGUACUUCUGGAGAGUGCAUUAAUACUUCUCCAGAAGCAGUAAAGUAUAUGACGGCUGGUGUCAACCACACGUGCACUUUAGGCCUUUGUGGCUCGAAUAUGAAAUGCGAACCGUCUGGCCUAUAUAUCGCUUGUUGGAAGUGAGCUUCAAGAAGAUCAACAUGAAUA